CGCUCGGCCGCCAUGAUAAAAUCGGUUCAGUUAGCAAGAUGGCGACGACUAUAGGCGGUGUUUUUCGUGAGGAAUUGCGCGAUGCGGUUUUACAUAGCAAAGUGCUUGUUGUCGGCGCCGGCGGUAUCGGUUGCGAGAUCCUCAAGAACCUGGUUAUGUCCGGGUUUGCCGACAUCGAGAUUAUUGAUUUGGACACAAUUGACGUGAGCAACUUAAACAGGCAGUUCCUGUUUCAAAAGAAACAUGUGGGAAAAUCGAAAGCCCAGAUAGCAUGUGAAACAGCAUUGACAUUUAAUCCAGAUGUUAAAGUGACAUAUUAUCAUGACAGUAUUACAUCAUCAGAAUUUGGCUUAACUUUUUUUAAGCGAUUUACAGUCGUGUUAAACGCUCUUGACAAUAGAGCUGCCAGAAACCAUGUGAAUCGUAUGUGUCUGGCAGCUGAUAUACCGCUGAUCGAGUCUGGUACAGCAGGUUACGAAGGCCAGGUUGAACUCAUCAAGAAGGGCCUGAGCCAAUGCUAUGAGUGUACACCAAAGGCUGCACAAAAGACUUAUCCUGGUUGUACUAUACGCAAUACCCCCAGUGAGCCAAUUCAUUGCAUUGUUUGGGCGAAACAUCUUUUCAAUCAGUUAUUUGGCGAAGAGGAUCCCGAUCAGGAUGUUUCUCCAGACACCGCAGAUCCUGAAGCAGCUGAUACAGCAGGAGAAACUGCUUUGCAGGCAGAAUCCAAUGAUAAAGGUAAUAUUGAUAGGGUCUCCACACGAAUUUGGGCCCAGUCCUGCGACUACGAUUCAGAAAAACUAUUCACAAAACUUUUUCAUGAUGACAUUAAGUAUCUACUGAGCAUGGACAAUUUGUGGAAGAAGCGCCGACCUCCAACGCCAUUGAAUUGGCGAGAGCUACCAGACGGAGUGGCUGGAUGCAGCAAGGAGAUCAGCCAGCCUGGGCUGAAGGAUCAACAGCGUUGGAGCAUCUCCAAGUGCGGCUCGAUUUUUGCGGAAUCGAUGAAGAGCUUGAAUCAAACGUUGAAGUCUUCUCAGGAAAAGUCGCCGGGCAAUCACUUGGUUUGGGAUAAGGAUGACCAGCACGCCAUGGACUUUGUCGCCGCGUGCGCUAACAUCCGCGCGUAUAUCUUUGGAAUUCCUCAAAAGAGUAGAUUCGACAUUAAAUCAAUGGCCGGUAAUAUAAUCCCAGCGAUUGCCACCACGAAUGCCAUCAUCGCGGGCAUGGUGGUUCUCCACGCCUUCCGAAUCCUUGAGAACAACCUGCGGGCGUGUCGAUCUGUUUAUUUGCGCCUGAAAAUGAAUCAUCGUAACCAACUGCUAGUUCCGGAGAAGGCGGUGAACCCUCCCAAUCCACAGUGCUAUGUUUGUGCACCAACUCCACAAGCUGUACUAGCAGUUGAUACCUCCAGCAUGACUAUUAAAGAGUUGGAGGAGCUGGUACUUAAGAACCGACUUAACAUGAUCGCUCCCGACGUCAUGAUCGAUGGAACUGGCACUGUCGUAAUCAGCAGCGAGGAGGGCGAAACGGAGGGCAACAACGACAAAAAGCUGGAGGAAUUGGGUAUCAAGGAUGGAGCGAUUCUCAAGGUCGACGACUUCCAGCAGAAUUAUUCGCUGACUGUCUUUGUGGUUUACCGGGAGAAACCUGGCCCGAAGGACGACAGUCCGCAAUUUUUAAUACUGGCAGACAAGAACGCACUUCAACCGAAGGAAAAGGAGAAGGAAGAGGAGGAAGAAAAGCUGGAGAAGUCUUCCAGCUCUAAUGGACAGAACAUGACUGAAACGUCGGACGCAACUAAGAAGCGUAAAAAUGAGAUCAAUGUUGAAGUGGCAGCCAAAAGGCGCAAAAUGGAUAUUGAUAACGGUGACGACAAUGAUGACAUUUGCAUUAUCAAUAACGACACCGUAUCUCAUGAUAAUUCAGCUGAAGAACUGAAGAAAUCAACAUUUAAGAAACGGAAGCUUUCUGAUGAUGUUGAUUGCUUAAUAAUAUCUGAUGAUGAUAACGAUUAAUUGCGGAAACGUAAAGAAUGAACUUCAAAACGAUGUAAAACACGGUUCACAGUAGAGAAUGAAGAAAUUCGAAAACAUUUGAAGUUCAAAUCGAAAUGAAAAAAAUAAGGGAAUAAAGAAAGAUUUUGAAGAAUAUGGAAGAGACAGAAUACAAACGCAAGAAAUAAGAGAAACAUGGUGCGAGAUUUAGUUUAAAAAUUAUUUUUAACCUUGAGUUGCAGAAAAGUGAAAAGAUGUUUCUUUUCUUUCUUUUGAUGAUAUUUGUAUUUUAUACAAUUAAUUUAAUUUUGUAUGUUAAUGAUAUAUAUACUAUAACGUAUCAUCAAUAUUGUCAUUAUUGUAAUCAUCAUUAUGAUCAUUAAGAAAAAUAGAUAAUUUUUUCUUAUA